UCACACUGGUCGGGUAUGUUCCUUGUGUUUUCUUCCCUCUACCACCAGAUCUAAUCAUCAUUCCCAACUUACGGGCGAAUUUGCUGGACAAAUUUCUUCCAUUAUAAAUUACUCUGUGGUAGUCUCUGCUAUCUCAUACAUUCGACAUGCACAUGUUUUUUCUCCUUCCACCUUCCAAUGCCAGAAGUCAAUUGUUAUAUGCAUUCUUUCUCCUUGUCGCUGUCCUCAGUCUUACUGUGGCUGCUGCCCCCUUGAAACUUGCUCCUCGACCCCUCGCACCGAACGUAGUUGUGCUCAGCCUCGGGUGGGACGAAACCACAGCGUUCUUCCACGGUGAACAAAGACCAGCUCUUUUCUUUUACAACAAUUACGGCCUGACAGCUAGACGUGAUCCAUAUGGCCGCAUGUACAUUUUUCCCAUCCAGAGGAGUGCGAAGGGCUUGCAGAACUUAGGACCGGAUAAUACGCAGCUUAUAGCUUACUUCCGUGAUGAGGUGCAACUCAGGAAUACCAUGGCGACUUUGGGAGACCUUCAGGAACUUAGUAAACUUGGUGCUGGUCCUCGGAUGAUGUCAUGGCCCCUCAUUAUUAGUGCCAGCGACUACGUUCAUGCUGUGUUAACUCACCUGUCGCAACUUCCUAGUGGUUAUGAAGGACAUGCGAUGGUUGUGGAUGCCAAAUUAUUGUCAGAAUGGGAAAAGAUAAAGCAAGGAUUGAAAACGAAGUGAACGACAGUAACACAGAUGGAAGUAAAAAUACUUAUUAUGGGUGUGAUAUAACAUAGUUUGUGGGAUCUGUCCAGCUCGUUGUAGGUCGAUGGUAUAAUCUGCUCCAACGAUCGGAAAUAGCUAUACAUGAUAUGGUUUGAAUUCGUUUCAACUGUGACGACCUAGACCACGAACGGAUCUGCUGAUGACCUGCUUAAGCCUGGCACGAUGUGCACUAAAAUGAAAGUAUUGGAAGGUACUCAUCCUCAGCCCUAAGGCAGCAGAGCUGUCUUCUCAGAAGAUAAGAUAAGCUGUGGCGGAACUCAUUCAAGCUCUUUCUUUGUGAUCCCACCUGCUCCUUUCCCAGUAAUAUUCUAGUGUCCAGUCUUUUGACAAAG